AUGUACAUCACUCUCUACUUCCUAGAGACCCCCUCGUUUGAGUUACGACUCUUGGCGGCCAAGACCAGUGCCCAUGCUGUAGGUGCCUCCCGUGGUACUCCUCGCACCUCUUUCUUUGAGGGGUGUGCUCCUUCCCUCCUCGCGCCCUCUGUUAUCUCUGCUGCUGCUGUUGAAUUCAUCGGUGCUGAGGAAGCCGGUGCAGCGUCUGUUCAAAGCAGGAGGCGUCAGAAGGGCAAGGGUGGUGGGGGUGGCAGCAGGGGUGGCGGUGGCAGGGGCGGUGGAGUUGGCGGUAGUGGGGGCGGUGGAGGUGGUGGUGGAGGGGGUGGUGGGGGUGGUGGGGGUGGCGGGGGUGGUGGCGACGGAGGCGGCUCGGGUGGCGGUCGUGGUGGAGCUAGCGGGGGUAGAGGUCAGGGAGCUGCGUCUGGGCAUACAACUAGUGGAGGCGGAGGUUCUGGGGGUGGACAGCAGCAGCAUUCGCGUCGGCAAGAAACCCUCUCGCCGCAGCAGCUGCGUGAGUGGGUGGUCCAGCAAGGUGGACCCUGA